CCUCGCCGCCGACAUCCGACCGACCGACGACCGCGGCGUACACACACACACACACACACACGCCGGUAGGUUCUCUCGCCGGCCGUUUUCCUAGCGCAGAACACGUCCGCCGCGCACGGUCCGUUCGGUUUUUCCGUUUCGUUUUUCCCCUUUCACCGGCUUGUCGACAGGUGCGACGCUACAGGACAACGCUUUGACGUCAUUGCUUUGACGGCGGGUCGCGGUUAUCGUCCGACUUUACGGGCGGCAAUAGGACGUGUAAUCAACGCAAUAAUAAUACGGGCGACGCGUACGGCGAAAAGGUGAGAGCUCGUCAUAUUUAUUAUUACUAUUAUUUAUUUAUCGUUGUUAUACUUCGGGAUUAUCUGCACUCCAAUCGUAAAAAAAAAAACGCCGUGUGCCGUUUUGUUGGGCAUUUUUUUUUUUUCUAUUUCUCUCGCCAAACGUUCGCCCGUCAUCCCCGGGCGGAUAACAUUGUUAACCGUCAUUGUAGGUAUUAUUAUUACAGUUCUCGGCGCGGAAAUAACGUUCGCGCGUUGCGUAACGCCGCCGCCGGGCACCACUUAUCGCGUAGUUUCGGGACCGGGAGGUUGGCACUGCGGACCGUCGCCCCACCCCGGCACACGGUCGGACGUUCCCGUCGCGUCGAUCCGCGCACUCGGAAUAACGCCCCCGACGUUCCCCUCCCCACACACCCGUCGACCGCGGGCGCGUAAUUUAUUUUUUUUUCUCCGGCAUUGUUGUUGAAAAAAAAAAAAAAAAAAAAAACACAGAAAGAAAAACGUCAUCGAGACGGUAAUUUACCGUUCUCGGCGUUUGGCAGAUGUUUGUGGGGGGCAGGUACCUAUAAUACGAUAUGACACCCAAAAAUACGCGAAACGUAAACUCGUAUCGAAAACUGAAUUUAUACAAAUAUUUGCCUAUUCAGUGAUAUUAUUUUCGUUUAUCGAAUAAUAAUAAUGAUAUAAAUAUGGUUACUUAUUUAGUGGUUCCAUCUCCUGAAAUAAGGGCAAUGCAACAUUUUAGAGCCAUUUGUUUCAUAAGUUGAUCCAAAAACGUUAAUAAUUUCCGAAAUCAUCUUUGGCAAUGAUAAAAUUGAUUUACCUAUAUAGAUAAUAUGAUAACCGCCGGCCGUAUUUAGAAUUUAUUGGCCACCUUAAACUAGACUACGGUGCGAACCCUAUCACGGGUACAAUUUAAUUUUUUUUUGAUUAUCAGCUUUUUUAGUACAGGUCCAAAGGCUACAGCGUAUGAAGCUUAUGUUUAAAUACGGCCCUGAUAACCGUCCAAACCCUUUUAUAUUACCGACUAAAGUCUACCCGUAUCCAUGAUGGUUGAAAUGUUUAAAACGAAAUGUAUUGUAAGUGACUUAAAAUGUGUGAUAUGUGAAUAGUGAUUAAAUGUGAUCAAAGUUGAAAGAUCCAUUUCAAAUAUAGCUUUAAUUAACGCUGAAUUUCCUCUAAAAGAUAUUCUCUCGUCUUUAUAGUUCAACAUGUAUAAUGCUUUUGAUCAAUUCGUAUUAGUUAAUCAUAAGGAUCCUUUAUUCAUUGAAAAUUUGCAAUUCCGUUUAAAUCCUCGGUCUGCAUAAUAUGCAAUUUGGCAAAUUAAAUUAAACCUCAAUAAAUCCGUGCAUACGACAUUUGACUUAAGACAUGGACUCUGUCCAAGUAUUACUAUUAAUCUGCCUCUACACAAUUAAAUACUUUGGUCUAAACCUCGACAAAAGACUAACUUGGAAAAGUCAUAUUAAAAAAAAAGACAAUUAAUACUCAAUGCUUGAUCCAGAUUCCAGAUCAUUAAAAAUAUUCCUUUCAAAUAAUAAAUUUAAUAUUUUAAAAAUAAAUUAAUCUUUCUUAAAGCCCAUAUGGAUGUAUGGAAUUCAGAUACGGGAAUCGACUAAAAAAAAAAAGUGAAAAAAAAAAAGAGUUAAUACUGAGGAAGGGUGUAGCCACUGUUUUAGGAGAUAAGUUGAGAACAUAGAAUACAUUAAGUGAUACAUGAAGUUAUUUAAUUUAUACCUUUACGUAACGAUAAACCAUUGUUAAAGAAAAACGAUUCGGAGUAAAGUUCGGUAAAACAUAUUUUGAAAUGACCUAAUUUUUACGAUUUUUGUCAAAAUUUGAUCAUAAAACUAUUAUGAUAAAAACCUCAUGUAUUAAACUCACAUUUUUUUUUUAGAUUAUUAAGUACAACUUAUAAUGUACCUUGUGUUAAAUUUUCAAACAUUUCUCUCAAGUCAUAUAAUUUUAAUAAUAGAUAGGUACCUACUAAAUAAAAAUAGACAUAAAAACACGUACAUAUCAAAUGCCUUUAAAUAACCGAAACAUCGUUGGAUGAUUUUAAAAUUUGACUGCCUCUUUUCCUACGUUUUUCGGCAGUAUACUGACACGUAAGAUCGAAUUUAAUAUCAUACAGAAUAUAUACAGCUAAUCCUUCAGUUUAACCUCGCAUUUGAACUUUUUUUAAUCACGUUGCGCUAUCUGAUAUUAUCCGUGGGUUCUUAUCGAAUAACAUUAUCAAUUUAUAACAAAAAGUGUUCACAAAACACGAUUAGUUUAUAUACGUACUUUGCAUAGUUAUUAAUAAAUAUAUAGCUAGGUUUCUGUGCUGGCUGAUUUUAAUACGUUUUAUUUUAAAUAGGGACGUACGGCGUUUUAACCCAUUGAAAACCGAAUUAUCCAUAUCGUCAUCACUAUAUUUAAUGUAAAUUUAAUGUAAUUUAUUUUUAAUUUGUAAUUUUUCUUUUAAACAAAAUAAGUGUGAAAAAAUAUAUGGAUAUAUUUCGCACGAUGGGUGAGCUAUUGUUGUUGGUGAAAAGUUGGGAAGGUAAGGAAAUGUAAUAUAUAUCUAUAUACGCUACGAUCAAUCAUUGCUAACGAAAAAUGAUUCUGAGCGGAUUUCGGUUAAUUGUGUUGCUUUGCCAUCAAUUUAUAUCUUAUAUUGCAUAUACAUUAUAUAUUUUCUUUAAUAUUUGUUCAAUAUUGAACCUAUUUUCUUGUUUUUUCUACUUUUUUCCCAUCUAUUAGGAAAAACUUCUGGGAAAAUCGAAAAGAUGACUUUUAAAAAAAAUACUAUUCCAGUCAAAUUUCCUUUCAAAAAAAGUGCUAAACUUGAAAAUUGGAACAAAAUUACUUGUAGAAAAGUUGUUCACAGAAAAAAAAUAAACAUUGUAAAACCAUUGCAUUCCUCACUCAGCUCAAAAUCUAAAAUCCUCUUGAAUAAUAUUAUCACAGCAGUUUAUCUCUAUGACUAUAUAAAUCUAAAUAAAGUAUGAUUAUUCAAUUAUUAAUCAUUUGUCGAAAUGGGGACAUAUCGCCUAACAUACAAAUUGCUCGAUUAUAAAAAUAUUAUUACGCCAUAUUAUAUAUUACAAUAAUAAUUACUUUUAUAUUAUAUUUAACACGUGUAUUUAUUUAUUAGAAAGGUUAACGUAUAAAUUAUUAGUAGGUAAUUACAUUUCGAAAAUUAUAAUAAUCUUCGGGGUAUUGACCAACAUUCAUAAUAAUUAAUAUUAUAUGAUAUACCAUAUAUAUAUUAUUAAGUAUUAUUAUAUUCUAAAACCGAUACUUUAAAACAAUUUUAUUAGCAGAUUUCGGGAAUUAUAGCGCUUAAAAUCAAUAAAAACAAAAUUAAUUUAAAAACUUAUUUAUAGUCCUGAAAUGAGCACUUAAAAAUAUUUUAAACUGAAAUAACUAAAAAAAGCACUGAAAAAAAAUAAUAAUAAAAAAAUGUUUAAGUGGACAAAAGCACUUUUGGUUUUCACAUUUGAACUUGUUGUAACAUAAUAUAAUUAUGAUUUCGAUUUGAAAUUUGAACCACGCACUCUACAGUAUCUGAUUAUUAAUAUUAUGCAAAUAUUGUUUAAAAAUUCAGUUAAUUAUCAUAGAGCUAAAGGUUAAAAUAUUAUGUUGAAGUAUCAUUAGACCCGUUUUGAACAAUUUUGGGAAAUUAAAAAAAUGUUUGGCAACAGAUUAUCAAAUGUUUAAACAAUUAAACAUUAAAAUUAAUAUUUUAUUUUUAAGAGAACAGCAGUUUCACAUAUAAAGACUUAAAAACGUAAAAACGAUUUACGAUGGGAAAUAGUGUAGUGUAAUAAUACUCAAUAAUUCAAUAGAAUUUAGAAAAAAUCAAAAAGCAAAGAAAUAAAAAAUAAUCACUUAUGGGCUAUAUAAAAAAAUUAGAUUAUGUUAUAAUAACCAAUUUUAAUCACAAAUAUAAAUAGUUAACAGCCAAUAACCAUAGCAUGAUAACAUUAAGCUAUAGUCCUGUUGAGAAGCAACUCCUGCUGCAGCCUGUGUCUUAAACCAUUGUUUUUGCUCUAUACUGUUGUUUUGGUUUAGGUAUUAGUGAUAAGUUAUAAAAAAAGAUAUUAUUAAUUUUAAAAUGUAUUGCCAUACAUUAUAUUUUAAAUAAUAAUUAAUGCUAUAAAAAACAGUCUUAUUUGUUACAAACACCAUGCCACUACAUGGGGGAGCUAAAUAAAUAUUUGGAUAGACCCCUAUCAUCUUCCAAAUCGUGUUUAUGAACGUUAUAUUACGUUAAAAUUGAUGUAUUCGAAAAUUAUUUCAACACGAUGGCCCAUACGGUUUCUGUUAUCGGCAUUUAAUUUUACAAUAUUAUAAUGAUGAUAAUAAUAAUAUGCAGUGGUCGAACAUCACAAGCUAUGCUGUUGCAUUAAUUAAAAUUAAUUUUAAUAUUUAAUUACCAUACCACGGGUAAGAAUUAUUAUUAAGUAUUGAUAAAUUACUACUUACGUUUCGAGUCAAGGAUGCUUCCGGAGAUGUUGAAUUGUUGAAGAGUUACGUAAUGAGUAAACACGCGAUUUAAAGAGAUAUUUUUUAAUUCGGCUCAAAAUAUUAUAUACUUAUUACCUACUCAAUUAUAUAGAUUUUAUGCAAUUAUCCAAUCAAUUUUUCAAAUAUUAUAUUGUUAUUUUAUUCUUCUUCUUCUUAGCUUUAUAAUUAUCCAAGAGUCUUUGCCGCCAUCAUCACAGUCAUUUUUUUCUAUCCCGAACAUCUUUAUUCCAAGCUUCUACAUCCAAUAUCCUUAUGUCUUGGAUUACCCCGUCGAACCAUUGAUCCCUUAUCUUGGGUUAUCUUGGAAAUCUAUGUAAUCUCUCAGAAUUUUGCGUUUGUCCUUCUAUGCCAGCACCCCAAAUCGUUGUUGUAUCAACUGCACCGCAGAUCUUCAUCAAUAUUUUAUUCUCAAAGGAUAUUAAUUAUAUUGAUUGAUGCGAACAAAACUUUCUGUAAACACAAAUAAUAUUAUAACAAUAUAAACUAUGGACCGAUAUUAGCAGUAAACAAACCAAAAACAAUAGUAAUAAUCAGUUAAUAACGCGUGCGAGUGGGAUACGGUUUAGAAUAAUGUAUAGGUAUUGUCUAUGGUAAACGAAUUAUAAUACGGAGAAAAUAUGGUUCAGAUUAUCAAAUGAUAACUAAUCGUAUAUAUCGUAAUUAACCUAUGAUCUAUCUGGGUUAUCGUGAAAAUGUGUAAAAAUAUGGAAUAAUUGAAUAAUUGUUAAUGCAGGUAAAUUAUAAUAUUCUAUAAAAUAUCGGUGCUCUUAAACGGUCAAUAUAAUAUUAUAUUACAACAAUAAGUUAUGAUAAUAUUAUAUGCCCAUAAAUUAUAUUUAAAAAAAAUCCCUAAGUACUUCGCACUAUGUUUCAAAGGUAUAUUAUAGGAUGCGGGGUAAUUUAAUUUAUGCAUCGAAAACAAUGAUAAAUCAUUGCAUUCAAAAAAACUAUUCUGAGCGGAACAUUAUCAGUCAUGUUUUUUCAUUCUCUUAUUGUGGCCAAGGUAACACAAUAAUUAACAAAAAUAAAAUUGACAUAUCGACAAUUCUUGGGAAUCUAGAAAUUUGUUUCAAUUUAAGUACCAUAUGGUAAAAAAAUCCGCAUCAUUUAAUGUACAGCAUUUAAAAACCAAAAUAUUUCUAUUAACUCAAAAAUUGUUUUUCCAGAGAAAAAAAUUAACAUCUUGCCAUCUUGGUAAAACUAAUAGGUAGUAACUGAAGUAACGCAAUACAUUUAUAGCAAAAUUUAACUAUACAAAUACAUUUUUACACGGUGAUAAAUGGGCUUGUGAAAUAAUUCUUGAUAAAGUAUAUUUUUAUCAACAAAUCAAAUUUAAAAUAUUCAACAGAAUUUAUUUUAACUCCAUGUAAACGAGUUUAUCUUUGUAUAAAUAUUUGGUGCGACCCAGCAUCGUUAUUUAAAAACAUGACAACUUGACAACCUAACAGUGAUAUCUUUUUCGAUCCAGUGCUUCUUCAUCGAGAUAAUCGCCAACGUUCACAUCUUGCCAAACAAAAAAAUGGAGGGGGGGUAUUUUCAUUAGUAUAUGUUGUUUUAAAUUUGAAAACAACUCUUCAAACCCAGUCUGUUAAGAAACCGAAAUGCCUCUUGGAGAGGGACAGGUGCGGAUAGGCUCACCGAGACACUGGAAUUUUUCCGGUGGGCCGCUACUCAUAUUGACGGAAAUGGGCCGAUGAAAAAUACUGCUAUUGUAUAAUGUUUAUAAACACAGAUAUUCAAAGUUAAUAAAAAAUACUGUAGCCCCUAUAUUUUAGUGCAAUUUAAAUUAAAAUAAACUGUUCUAUGACUAAGCAAUGAGUAAUUCCAUCUUAAUCCAAGCAUCGUCGAGCAGCCACGUUAUCGGCUGACCACCAUCACUAGUGUUUAUCUUGGAUUUGGGAAUUUGAAUAUUAUUUUUGUAUUUCACUUGCAACUGUAGAGGCAUAUUUGUAUACAUGUUGCAUAAUUAAUCGAAUCCAGUUAUUUUUUAAAUACUUACAAUUAUUCGAAAAUAGAAAGGAGGGAUAAGUAAAUAUGUUUAUUUAUACAUUCGUUUUACAAAAUCAAUAAAAAUAAUUAAAAUUAAAAUUUGUUUGUUAUCAUUUAAACUCCUCCCUUAUCGUAUCAUGUUCAAUUUUGGAACUUAACAUAGAUACCUUAAGGUAUAUGGAAAACUUUUUUUUUUUUUUGUUAGCACUAAUCUUUUCUAUUGAAAUUUGAAUAGUGUAAUAAUAAACUUAUAUUUUUUUUUCAAAAAAAAAGAUUUGAAGGGUUACUCUGGUUGUUGAAUCUUGAAUAGGAACGUGUGGGCUGUUAGAUUCUAUUUUUUCCGGACCGGUUAGAUCAUUCCUAUCCAUCCCUGGAGAGGGUGGUGAGUUCGGUAAUUCCUUAGUUAAGAACAACUGAUCUAUGACAUAAAAUUAUAACAAAUACAUUUUAAAGACAAUUUACACAAACCUAUGUAUUACCAUUGCGUGUGACUGUUAUAAAUGAUAAUUUUAAAUAUAUUAUGUUUCAGAGUUUAUUUUAAAAGUAUACAAAUAUAAAUUGUAUUAAAUAACACUAUACACCAUGGACGGAGAAAAAGAAAAUUUGAAUAAUUCUAACGGUAAAAUUAAGGAAAACGGUGAAUCGUUUAAAGACGACGGCGACAGCAAUUUGCCAUUGCACAAACAAAUAUUACAAAAUAUAACCACCGAACCGAUGUUGUUUCCGUACAUGAUAUCUUCGAUUCUGGUGAUACUGACCAAUCAGAAUUUGAACAUCCAAAAAGCGUGUAGAGUUGAUUUAAACUUAAGCGCCGAGGUGUGUAAAGGUCUGGAGGACAAGGAUUCCAAUUCCACUUCUCUCGACAAUAGCGAAAUAGUGGUUCAAAAGUUAGUGGCCGACAUGCUCAUUUGGCAAACGAUUCUACAAAACAGCAUUCCCGCCGUGUUCGUGAUAUUUCUUGGCUCCUGGAGCGACAGAAACCGGCUGAGGAGACCGUGCAUGUUGUUGCCCAUUUACGGGGAAAUCGUCCGGAACAUUGGCCUUAUGGUUUGCGUUUAUUUUUUCGACGAGUUACCGAUGAACGUGUCGGGUCUGUGGCAAGCACUUCCGAUAGCCGUCACGGGAUAUUGGGCUGUCAUGUUCAUGGCAGUAUUCUCCUACGUCGGAGACGUCAGUACGGUAAGCUUGCUGAAAUCUACCCGUGUGGCAUAAAAAGCCAAAGUUGUAUAUUAUUAUUUAUUACAAAAAACACUUCCCCCACCGGAUAAAAUGGCUUAUAAUUGAAAAAUUCGUUUUGUUUUUACACAGGAAAAAAACAAAACCUUAAGAGUGGGUUUGGUAAACGCAACGAUGGCCCUGUGUCUUCCCAUUGGCACCGGUCUGUCCGGGAUAUUGUACCGGAAGGUCGGAUUCUACGGGGUGUACACCAUAGCGUUGAUACUAGGUUUCAUCAGCGUUUGGAUGGCUCACAUAUUUAUCCACGACACCAAACGGAUCAAAUUCGAAUCGGAAAAGGAAAAGGAAAAAUCGUAUUGGACCCGUAUCAAGUUCUUUUUCAAUUUGAAACACUUGGUCGAGGCGUUCCGAGUGACGUUUAAAAAGGAAAAGAACAAUAGGAGAAUGAAAGUGAUCGCUUUGACGGUGCUCAUCACUGGAAUCAUGGGGCCGUUGCAAGGUAAAUGUGUAGUUUAUAAUUAUUCAAACCUCAGAAAUCGCCAUUUACGUUAUGAAUGCUUUGAUUGUUCAUAAUAAUACUAAUCUGUUAUGCAUAGAAAUUGCAAAUAGACAACAUUAUAGCCAAUAUACGUAGCCAAGGUGACUACACCACUGAAUAUAUUAUGUAGAUAAUAAAACUGCCUUGUUCGAAGAACAAUUCAUUAAUAAGUUUAAGUUUUCACGAUUUUCUAAUAAAAUAUUGAAAACAACAUGCAUAUACGAUACACCUAUAUAUUAAUAUACUAUAAUAAUUCAAAAUUAUUAUAUAUAAUUGCGUCAUGAUAUAACGUAACAUAUUAUUAUCAAUUCAUAUAUACACAGAAAAAAAAAAAAAAAUGACAUCCUUGUAUUUUCUAUAUAUCUAUCCAGUAAAUAAUAUUUACUAUAAUAUAUACAACUAGGAAAAAUUCCAACGUGUAAUUUUUAAACACGUUUACAUUAAUAAUUACUGUCGAUAUGUAAUUUUUUAUUUUUUUUUUUUUUGCAAUAAGUCAGUAAAGAAUUUAUUGUAAUCUAAUAAUAUUUGCUCAGAAACAUUUCGAAUUCAUAUUAUAUGGAUAAAGUAUGUAGAAAUACAAUGAUUAAUAAUGCAAAUCUGUUUAGUAUUCUGUAUAAAAUAAUCAAUAAAGUUAUGAUAGUCUUCAAUGAGAAACCUGAUGUUACAUAAUGAAGGUAAUAUCGUGGGCGUUAAUCAAAAAUUCGAACUCACGUAUCGAAUCCAACACAAUAAAUACAAAAUUGUAGUUUAUUGUGAUACCUAUAUUGUGGGCGGCUUUACUAUAGUUUAUAACCAAGGUCGUACCUGAGGAGGAUUUUAGGAAGUUCACCCACCUAUUCCGCGGUUUUAUUUCCACGUGAAUAUUUUUUUAUUAUUUUCAAGAUAAAUGCUAAUUAUUAUGUUUUGUAACAAAAACAAUAGAUGAAAACCAUGAUUUUUAUUGAAAACCCCUCCUCAAAAUUUGGUCCAGCCAUUUAUUGAACCUUGACUAUAACUCCUAACUUUUUAUUGCUACUACUACUACUUGGUUAUAUAUGUAUAAUUUUGAAAAUUUCUGAAAUCUAAAAAUAAAAUGCGGUUUUUAUAUUGCCGAAAAUGUCUUUUAAUCGAAACGUAUUUCGGUAUACUAGAUAUUAUACGCAUUCCAAAAAUAAUUAUACACAUACUGGGAAAUAGAACAUACUAAAAUACUACCCAACUAUAAUAUUCAUAUUAAUGUUUACAAAAAAAAAUUAUAUCUUUAUAUUAUAUUAUACUAGUUGAUUCGACAUUGCUUUGCUAUUGCUAGAUAAUAGUGUAAAUAAUGCAUUAUUAUUAAUACGCCGCAUGCCGUGUGCCCGUGCCGCUUUACAAACGAUAACUUAAAUAUAAAAUAGUUGAGCUGCUCGUGUCUUAAAUGUUCUGUGAAAAAAAUUCCGAAAAAGUUAAUUAUUUCCGAAAUAGUGAGUUUACCCACUCAAAUGGAUCACCUUGUAUGAUUUCCCCCUCACAUGAUUAAUAUUAAACCAAAAUACAGUCAACAGUUUCAAUAACAGGAAUUCUGAUUAAAAAAAAUUUUAAAUUAAUUUAAUUGCAAUUUAAAUGAUUGCGGUUUAGUUUUUAAAAUUCAAACUCAAAUUAGAAAAAAAAAAAAAAAAAAAAAACUAAUAAUUAUAAAGCUGAUUAGAUAUUGAUAAUAAACAAAAAUCAUUAUAGAAAUAAAAAUGUUUUUGAUAACGUCUUGUAGAUCUGUACACCAUAAUAUAUUCUUAUAAAUGUAUAAACACAGUAAUUAUCAUUUAUUUUAUUAUCCUACAUACCGAACACAUAAUCAUAUUAUGCUAUGUUGUGUAAUUCGUAUAAUGGUAGUUCCCACUAGAGAGCUACAUUAUAGAGCCCGGGUUCAUAUUUAUAAAAUGUUAAUAUCGGAAUCGUAGGAAAUUAUUGUAGCUUUAACAUCGAAAUAAUUUAUUCGAGAUGCGCCUGGUUGAAUAAAAACUAAGAAUAUUCAUUUUGUCUCCGUUGAAUCCCACAGAACGUUGUGUUAUGUAACCUAAAAUAAAAAUCGUCCAUUGUGUGUCACGGACGUUCAAAACCAGUUCUUUGAUGUUUUUGAACCCAUCAUAUUAUUCUGUGCACGGGAAAAAUGUAUAGGUAUUUAUUUAACGAUGGUAAAGCUAAAAAUAGAAAAUACGAUUAAAUAAUUAAUUGGUCGGUGACGUGCGCAUGGGGCGGUGCAUUGGUUAUAUCCCCCUAACGGCUUAAACAUUUUACAAGAACGCGUGCUUAGUAAUUUUAUAAAACACAAGUCGUAUUAAAAGGAAACACGUUUGAUUCAUUGAAUAUCAAUUGGAUUUGUUGAGUCCGACUUGUGUAUAAAAAUAUACAAUUCUCAUUGCCGGGUUAGGUAUAACAGCUGAAGAUGCUACUGUUUAUUCAUGAAUCAUAAUUACUGUUCACUACUAAAUCUCCUCUCCCAUUGAAAAUCGCCAUACUUUUUAACAGAAACACGAUGCUCAAAAUGUGAUUUAUCUAAGUAAUUUACGUUCAAGAUAAAAUAAAAAAAUGAUUUACUUAAUCGUGACCUCAAUAUCAUAAUACAAAACAUACCUAUAAUAUGGGACUAAUUUUAUUUGAUUUAUAGGCGACAAAGGAGUUGCGUAUCUGUUUACACGGGUCAAGUUCAACUGGAACGAAGUGCAAUACAGUGUAUACCAAACGACUUCGAUGUGCAUCAACCUUGCGGGUCAGUGACAGUUACAUUGAAAUAAUAUUUUUGUUUUGGUAUACGUAAUAUUUACUUUCUUUUUUUUAUUAUUAUUUACUGCAGGAACAUUUUUCGUCCUCGGAGUUGUGGUUAGAAAAUUCGGCGUCGACGACGCGCUGAUCGGUAUCGUGGCUACUACUGGGAAAUUCGUGUCACAAUUCAUAUUCGCUUUUGCUGCCACCGAAUUCCUGUUUUAUUUCGGUGAAUACAAAACAUAUCUCACUAAAAUUGUACAGGAUUGUAAUCAUAGUGAUACGAUAUUCAAUAACGUGUCUAUAAUCUAUAUUAUCCCUGCGAAUAUAUCACAUACACCGCGCACUAUUAGAUGGAUGCAAAUUUAAUCGGGAUCAAAACAAAAUAAAUCUGAAAUUGUAAAAUAAUAUAAUAAUAUCGACGACGGAUAGAUUUGACCCGGCUGUGGCGGUGCGAGUGAGGAAAACCAUAGGUACCUCGUGUGUAGACGUUAUUACCAAAAUAUAUCGGCGGACCAAUAAUGGUCACAAUACAUUUUAAAACUGAUAUUUCGUGUUAUUAAUUUAGAACCUAUAAGGGCCCGCGAUAUUACCGAUAAUCGUGCCGGUUGCCGCCGCCGCCGCCGGGCCAAUCUAUCUGGCGCCGACUGUACAUAAUAUUGUGUUAUUAUUACUGUUCUACCUAUGUGUCAAAUAAAUUAUCGGUAAUAUGUGUGUAAUUGCAUUGAUUUAUAAUGUAUUAUAAAAUCAAUGGUAAUUAAAACUACCUACCUAAUUACCUACCCAAUAUUUUCAAUAAAUUCGGCUCAGUCGUUAUCUUUAUACUUUCAACUAUGCGAAUUGAUUAAUGUUACGAUUUAACCCAAUGUUACUGCACUUGCCGCAUUAUCGGUGUCUAUAUACAGCGCUGUAGCCAGCAAAAACGGUGAAAUUGUUCGUUACGCUCUGAAUCUAAAAUUGAAUGUUAUUUAUAGUAUUUGUAUUUUUAUAAAAGUUUUGAAAUCAAAUUUUAACGAAAAUUGUAAAUAUUACAGCCUUUCAAAAUAUGUACAACCGAGCUUCAUGCACUUUUUGUUAGCAACGGUUUAUCGUUCCUUACGGAUAUUUAUUAAUUAAUAGCCUUAUAUGUAUCCGUCUUCCCAACUUCCUACCUACAACAAUGAUACACCCGUCCCCAGUAUCAGCAUUUUUAAACUUAUACCGUUUCAUGUUUAUUAAUAUUAAUAACAAUAAAUACAUUUACAGGAUUGAUUGUGAAUUGUUUACAAGGACCGGCUAUCAUAUCGAUGAAAUCAAUCAUAAACAAAAUCAUCCCGGCUCAAGAACUCGGUGAGUACUAAAAGAAGAUUUUCAACAAAGUGUAUGUGCGUUUUAUUGAUUAAUUUAAAUUUGUCCAAUCUCGUAUAGGUCAAGUAAGCGCAGUGACGGGCAUAGGAGAAAACAUUAUACCCGUCAUAUGUGGACCAUUAUACAGUUACGUGUACGAAGCCACCGUCUCUUACUUCCCUGGUGCUUACUUCUUAGUGACCGCAGCUAUAACGUUUCCUACCAUUUUCCUUUACAUGUAAGUACGGGUUAUGAAUAAACAAUGGUUUAUUUGCUUUCUUUUGUAUAGUCUAAAAUUAAUGUUACAAGUUCUGUAUACAUUCGAAAUGCUGAGGCGUAGCUAGAAAUAUUUAUCUGGGUAGGACAGAUAAAAUAAUAUAAAUGAUUGAAUAUAAAAGACUACUAAUACAAAUUUUUGAUUUUAAAAUGAUGUCAAUUUUUUGAGAAAAGUGGGUAGGCUCGGGCCUAGCAGGUCUACCCGCUGACUAGGCUACUGCCGAUAUGACAUCAAUAGAAAACCAAUAGAAUGUGUAAUUGCGAAAGUAUUCAAAUAUCGGGAAGAUGAAUCUAACUUACUAAUUUUCUAAUGCGGUAUCAUUGAACAGGGCGAAAUUAUCUGAGGGCAAAAGGAGAGCAUGUUUCACCACCUAUAUAUGUUCGAGAAAAAUCUAAAUAGUACUGAAUAAUAUAAUUCGUAUACUAAGUGAAUUACCUAGUAUUUACCGGACUCCAUUCUUCAAAAACAGAAAUUCAAUUUAACCAGUCUUCGCGUUUAUAUCAGUGUAUAUAAAUGUAUACAAAUAUUAUUUUGUAAAAUGUAUAAACAUUAAACGUACCUUUAGGCAUCUGAGUUAUAAUCUUUUAAAAAUUUCAAGAUAAUUACUGAGCUUUUUCAGUUAAGUAAUUUUAUUGUCGAUUAUAACAUCCCGAAUAAAAAACAUUAUUUCGAUACGCCACUGCCUCUGAAUCUAUAAAUGUAUUUAUUUAUUUUAGAUAUAAAGUAAUAUCAUAGUUGUUUUCAUAGGUGGCUCUAUAUGCAGCAUAGAAUGGAAAAGAAACAAUUAUUAGCAUAUGAAGCCAUAGACGAUGGAAAACAAGACGAGAGCGCCCUGAGUGACACUUGUGUAAGUGUUGCUAGUUACGGUUCAAUAAAAUUGUAGGUAAUCGCGAUAGCUCCUGUGUCAAUAAUUUCGUGAACUAUAAUACGUUUUUUUUUUUAAUGUGCCGUUUGUAUAACUUUACAAUAAAGUUCCUAUUGAUCUGUUGACCAAUUUCAGCGUCACAAACUAAAACGUAGUGCUAUGUUAAUAUAUAGUUAACGAAUUAUGACCAUACAACUUUUGUUUGGCUAUAUACCUAUUUUUUUUUUUUUUUUUAUUAUUUAAUUUUAAAUAACAUAUAUCAUCGGGUGUUCAUUAAUUUAAACAAAAUAUAUUGUUAGCUGUUAAAUAAUAUUUAAUUAUUUAUUUUAACUACUUUUAUCCCCGCUGUAAUUCAUGUUGAUUGUGUAGUAUCUAAUAAUAUUUUUACCUGUAUUAAGUAAAUUUAUUUUAUUUGUAAUUUACAUACUAUUCAAUGUACAGUAAAAAAACAUAAUAAUAUAAAAAAAAUGUAUUUGUUUCCUUUUCCCUGGCACAUCACUUUUGAAUUUUAAAACAAAACCAAACGCCGUUUUUGUAAUGAUUUGUGCCAUAAGUCCCGAUAUUUGUACUUCUGAACUUUCUAAGAUACUUCCUUAAGGAGUGCUGGGAAAAUAGUUGCACCCUCAUUUUCGUACUUUGAAAUUGAAAUCAUGCCAUUGUUAAUUUAUUAUUUAAACAAUUAUUAGUAAUUAUUAAUAGUUUAUUUUCAUUUUCCAUGAGGAUUUAAAUUUUUAAAACAUAAUUAUAGAGAUAUUCAUUCUGAAAAAAGCAAACCAAAAAAGCUUUUGAAAUUAUUCUAUUUAUAAUAUUGUUUGUUUUAUGUUUGUACUAAAUAUUAUAAUUUAUUACAUGAUUAUGAGAACGCAAUAUAAUAUAUAAAUAAUUUGAAUAUCAUAAUGCAAUAAAUGAAAAAUAUAUUCUUACAAACAUAUUCUCAUAUGAUACAUAUUCUUCAAUUUACCUUUUUCAUUUUGCCUAAAAAUAAAUAUGAUUUAUGUAAAAAUAAUAUCAUAUAAUAAUAAUAUAUUGCAGAAGACUUAGCAGUCUCUUUGAUUUUUAUUUAUAGUAUUUGUGCUUAUAAAUUCAACCAGGAGCUCAUGUUUCACUUUGAGUGCUUAAAUUUUGCAGUAUAUUGUAUAUGGACUAUGGAGAAUACUUUCUAAGGUGCUCUAUUUAUUUCAUUUCUAUGUUAAAUAGCUUUUUCUGACUCUUAAAAACGUUUUCAAUCAUUGAAAGUUAAUUUUUUGUUUACCUAUAUUAAUACCAUAAUUAUUCACAAACCAUUUUGAAAAAUUAGAACUUAAAAUUACUUGAAACCAAAAUUCACUGCAAUCAGUUCAGUAAUACUACACUGUGACGACCAGUCAAUAAUAAGUAAUUAAUAGUGGUAAACUUACUUUACCACUAUUGUAGCUAAAAUAAUAUAAUGCAUAUGUACCUAUAUCAUCUUAACCGUUAAAAAAGGUAUUAUAAGAGUAGGUUAAUAGGUUUUUAAAUUAGAAACUAAACUUUUACAAUACAAAAAAUCAAAUUACAAAAUAAAUAAUUAUUUAUUUACAUGUAUAUAAUAACAA